AUGAAUGCCUCAGCUAUGAACCCAAGAAACUCACAGCACGUUCGUUCAAAGAGUGUUCCCACAAAUCCACACCCAGCCCUCACCCAAGUAGAUGAACAAUUGAACAGAUUAAGAGCUUCAGAAGCCACAUCUUCUUCUCUAGGCCUCAGACUCGACGCCCUUCAAGACUUGCACGGUUCGGUCGAUAAGCUGCUUCUUUUGCCUCUCUCCCAACAAGCUCUGGUCAAGGAAGUGUUAGAUGACUUGCAAGAGGGAUCUCUUAGGCUGCUGGACUUGUGUGACAUAGCCAAGAAUGCCCUGUUGCAAACCAGGGAGUGCACACAUGAGUUAGCGUCGAUUUUUCGUCGAAGACGAAGCGAUAAUAUUGGUGCUUCUAGUUCAUUGAAGAAGUGUUUAAGUUCUAGGAAGAUGGUAAAGAAAUCAAUCCACAAAGUCUUGAAGGGAAUGGAAAGCAAAGCACCCAACAAAGAUCAUGGAAGUUUGAGUAUUGUCAGGCAGAUAAAAGAGGUGGAAGCAGUCACAUACCACUGCAUAGAAGCCUUACUGUUCUUCAUAGCAGGACCCAAGUUGGUAUCAAAAUGGAGCUGCUGGGCUUCAUUUUCCAAGCUUGUUCAACCCAAAAGAGUAGCAUGCAUAAGCGAAGGAACAAACAUAAGUGUAAUAGAAAGAUUGGACUUGAUAUUAAGUUCAAUUACCAAUCACCAAACUGAGGUUGAAGAUAUGCAGCACUUGUUGAGGCAAUGUGGAGAAAGCAUUAAGGAAGUUGAAGAAAAACUUGAGGGACUUUAUAGGCUCAUAAUCAAAACAAGAGUGUCCCUUCUCAACAUCUUCAACCACUAA